UUUAUCCACUUUCGCCAUUGAACUCUCUCUCUCUCUUAAUUCGAUUCUCCAUCUUCUUCUUUUCAUUCUUCGUGUUAUUCUCUACAUUGCUUGCCCCUAUUUUUCUCUCUCAAUAUCCCAAACAUAUUCCUUACUGUAACAGCUCACAUCAAAACCACCACAAACAACCACUUUCGGAGCCUUACCAGUUGGUUUUCCAUUAUCAAAGGGGAUGGAAAACAGAUCUAAACCCUUAUCAUUUUUGGGGCAUUUUUAGGGCUUUUUAGGGGGUUGUUCGGUUUAGGGCAAAAUCUUUGUAUAAAGCCAAAGAAAGAAAAGGAAUGAAAAUAAGGUGGUUUUGAGAUAGACAGAGAAGGCAUAGUUGGAUCUUCCGUGAUCUUCGUUGUGCGUUAUUUGGGUUUAAACCUGAUUUUUGUCUGUGAAGGGGCGUCUUAAAUUUGUCAACUCAAUCUUUCUACUAAUAUUCUGUUUCUCGUGCAUUGGCACGUAAGAAUCAGAUAGGUUCAAGCAACUAGAGUGAGAAAAAGAGAGACUCUUUUCAACGGCUAAGAGAAAUUAUAAGUCAGCUCUCUUUGUUUUUUUCCAUGUAAUAACCUAAUUGGUUUGCACAGACAUCUGCAAGGAAUCUAACAAUACUUAUUUUCCCUAAUUACUAUAUUAAACCCCCAAACCAAACAUCACUAGAUACAGUGGAAACAAGAGUGGGGAAGCCAUAUACAAUAUAGGGUUUCUGGGUCUGAAAAUAUGCCAACCGGAGUUAUGAUCCCGGCAAGAAACGUGCCGUCAAUGAUCGGUAGGAACGGUAAUGUUGUUGGUGGACUUGAAUCAUCAUCAGGACUUUCCCUCGGUCAGCCAAACAUGAUGGAAGGUCAGCUUCACCCUUUAGACAUGACCCAAAACACAUCAGAAAGCGAUAUUGCGGCUCGUUUAAGAGAUGACGAAUUUGAAAGUACUAAAUCUGGUAGCGAAAAUCAAGAAGGUGCCUCCGGUGAUGAUCAAGAACCACGUCCAAAGAAGAAGAGAUACCACCGUCAUACUCAGCAUCAGAUCCAAGAAAUGGAAGCUUUCUUCAAAGAGUGUCCGCACCCAGAUGACAAACAAAGGAAGGAACUGAGUCGUGAACUAGGGCUAGAACCUUUGCAAGUCAAAUUUUGGUUCCAAAACAAGCGCACUCAAAUGAAGACCCAGCAUGAGCGCCACGAAAACACACAGCUUCGUACUGAGAACGAAAAGCUUAGGGCUGACAACAUGAGGUACAGAGAAGCUCUUAGCAAUGCCUCAUGUCCCAACUGUGGUGGUCCUACCGCUAUAGGAGAAAUGUCUUUUGAUGAACAUCAUCUAAGACUUGAAAAUGCUAGACUUAGAGAAGAGAUUGAUCGCAUCUCAGCGAUUGCGGCCAAGUAUGUUGGCAAGCCUGUGGUGAACUAUCCACUUCUUUCUUCUCCGGUACCCUCUCGUCCACUUGACCUUGGUGUAGGAAAUUUUGGUGGGCAACCAGGCAUUGGAGGAGAGAUGUAUGGGGCCGCAGACCUCCUUAGGUCCAUUAGCACCCCAACUGAGGCAGAUAAGCCGAUGAUAAUUGAGCUGGCAGUUGCAGCAAUGGAGGAACUAAUCAGAAUGGCUCAGAUGGGUGAACCCCUAUGGAUGAGUAGCAUUGAUGGAACCACAACUGUGCUAAACGAAGAUGAAUAUAUAAGGACAUUUCCUCGGGGAAUUGGUCCUAAACCAACUGGAUUCAAAUGUGAGGCAUCUCGAGAAACUGCGGUUGUUAUCAUGAACCACAUUAGUCUUGUUGAAAUUCUGAUGGAUGUGAAUCAGUGGUCGACUGUAUUCUCUGGCAUUGUCUCCAGAGCUAUGACUCUGGAAGUACUAUCAACAGGUGUAGCAGGGAACUACAAUGGAGCCUUGCAAGUGAUGACAUCAGAGUUUCAAGUUCCUUCACCACUUGUUCCAACUCGUGAGAGUUAUUAUGUAAGGUACUGCAAACAACAUGGAGAAGGGACCUGGGCAGUAGUUGAUGUUUCCUUGGACAAUUUGCGCCCUAGCCCAGCAGUUAGAUGCCGAAGAAGGCCAUCUGGAUGUUUGAUUCAGGAAAUGCCUAAUGGAUACUCCAAGGUGACAUGGGUUGAGCAUGUUGAGGUUGAUGAUAGAGGUGUACAUAAUCUGUACAAGCAGCUAGUCAGCUCUGGUAACGCAUUUGGCGCAAAACGUUGGGUUGCUACCCUUGAUCGACAGUGUGAACGCCUUGCAAGUGUCCUGGCAACAAAUAUUCCUACGGGUGAAGUUGGAGUGAUUACGAAUCAAGAUGGACGAAAGAGUAUGCUGAAGCUGGCUGAAAGAAUGGUGAUUAGUUUCUGUGCUGGAGUGAGUGCCUCCACAGCUCAUACUUGGACGACAUUAUCAGGAACUGGAGCUGAUGAUGUAAGGGUUAUGACCAGAAAGAGUGUAGAUGAUCCAGGCAGACCCCCUGGUAUUGUGCUUAGUGCUGCAACUUCUUUCUGGCUUCCCGUUCCACCAAAAAGAGUUUUCGAUUUCCUUCGUGAUGAGAACACUCGAAAUGAGUGGGAUAUUCUUUCAAAUGGUGGAGUCGUCCAAGAGAUGGCACAUAUUGCAAAUGGUCGGGAUACAGGCAAUUGCGUGUCUUUACUGCGAGUGAAUAGCGCAAAUUCAAGCCAGAGCAACAUGCUGAUUUUACAAGAGAGUUGCACUGAUCAGACAGCAUCUUUCGUUAUUUAUGCGCCUGUUGAUAUUGUUGCAAUGAAUGUAGUACUAAAUGGGGGAGACCCUGAUUAUGUUGCCCUUUUACCUUCCGGAUUUGCGAUUCUUCCUGAUGGAACUACAGUUCAUGGAGGAGGCAUUGGUGAAACUGCAUCUGGUGGAUCUCUACUAACUGUUGCAUUUCAGAUUUUAGUUGAUUCUGUUCCAACAGCAAAACUGUCCCUUGGAUCUGUUGCUACUGUAAACAAUUUGAUUGCAUGCACGGUUGAGAGAAUAAAGGCUUCUUUGUCAUGCGAGAAUGCAUGAACCUC